AUGCCUUCCAUAUUCGGAUCUUCCGCGAUCCAAAAACUGCAGAAUACGUACCACGCAGACGAGCCCCGAGUUGAGUUCAAACUGGUCCAAGAUGCACCGGACCACUUCAUCCUGAUCAUCAGGCUGCUACAUGCUCAGUACGAUGCAAUCAGUCUCCAGAAGCUCGUGUCUGAUCUGUGGGCCCAAUACGAUAACCAAGAAGCACGCAUUGAAUCCGACUUUUCCGCUUAUGCGCGUGAGUGCUUCCGACAGAGAACCCCCGAGGCGUACACAUUCUGGGGAGACCUGCUCGAGGAUUCGCAAGUCACUCCAGUUCCCUUUCCAACUGUUCCGGUGGCGGAGGAGAAAAGUGUGGGCUUUGAGAGGGAUAUGCCUUUACCUACGCCCCCUGCUGGGAUAACCAUGGCGACGGCUAUCAAAGUAGCCUGGGCAACGGUGCUACAAGAAUGGACAGGGUCCUCGGACGUUGUCUUCGGGCAAUUGACCGCCGCUCGAAGUCUGCUUCUUCCCGGUAUUGAGGAAGUUAUCGGCCCCUGCGUUAAUACAAUCCCUGUCCGAGUUCAACGAACUCUAAAGUCUGACACUACCCAUGAGCUACUACGUGCUGUCCAGUCUCAGCAUGCUAAGAGUAUCGGGUUUGAAACCAUUGGAUGGAAUGACAUUAGGGGCAAUUGUACCAAUUGGUCAUCAGGAACCAAACUGGGAUCAGUGGUGGUGUUUCAAAGCUAUAGCAAAAGUGUAAGAACGCGGUUUGGUCAGCUGUCCUGCCAGAAGAGCACGUAA